AUGGCCUACGUCUUUAAGCGAGUUUUAGAUGGACGCAAGGAACGCGUUCAAUUUGAUAAGAUCACAACAAGGAUCGACAAACUUUGCUACGGUCUCGACAUGAAUCAUGUGAACCCAAUUGAGGUCACUCAGAAAGUAGUUGCUGGUGUGUAUCAGGGCGUAACGACCGUUGAGCUCGAUAACCUCGCCUCGGAGACCGCUGCUUAUUUGACAACCAAGCAUCCCGAUUACGCGGUCCUCGCAGCACGUAUUGCUAUCUCCAACCUGCACAAAGAAACGAAGAAGAACUUCUCCCAAGUCAUCCACGAUCUGUACCAUUAUAUAAACCCCAAGAACGGACGCCCCGCUGGUAUGAUUUCUGAAGAAACCUACAACAUAGUGAAGGAGCACGCGGAAACAUUCGACUCCGCCAUCAUCUAUAAUCGUGAUUUCCAUUACAACUACUUUGGUUUCAAAACCCUUGAACGCUCUUACCUCCUUCGCAUCAAUGGACGCGUCGCGGAGCGCCCACAACAUAUGAUCAUGCGUGUGGCUGUUGGCAUACACGGAGCUGAUAUCGACCGCGUUAUCGAGACAUACAACCUCAUGUCGGAGCGAUACUUCACGCAUGCUUCUCCUACUCUGUUCAAUGCUGGUACUCCCCACCCACAGCUUAGCUCGUGCUUCUUGGUCUGCAUGAAGGACGACUCCAUAGAGGGAAUCUACGACACUUUGAAGAGUUGUGCUAUGAUUAGCAAGACAGCUGGUGGAAUUGGGCUCAACAUCCACUGCAUUCGAGCCACUGGAUCUUACAUUGCUGGCACCAACGGCUACUCGAACGGCAUUGUACCAAUGCUUCGGGCGUAUGAUGCCACAGCUCGAUAUGUUGACCAGGGAGGUAACAAGCGCCCUGGCGCAUUUGCUAUCUACCUCGAGCCAUGGCACGCCGAUGUCUUCGACUUCCUCGACUUGAGGAAGAACCACGGGAAGGAAGAAUCUCGUGCUCGUGACCUUUUCUACGCGUUGUGGAUCCCUGACCUUUUCAUGCAACGCGUGGAGGCCAAUGAAGACUGGUCCUUGUUUUGCCCCAACGAGGCCCCAGGCCUACACGAAGUACACAGUGAUGAGUUCGUCGCUCUGUACGAGAAAUACGAGAAGGAGGGACGCGCAAGGAAGACCGUUCCGGCUCAAAAGCUGUGGUACGCUAUUCUCGAGUCACAGAUUGAAACCGGGGGUCCCUUCAUGCUCUACAAGGAUGCCGCCAAUCGCAAAUCUAACCAACAGAAUCUCGGCACCAUCAAGUCCUCCAAUCUUUGCACGGAGAUCAUCGAGUACUCCUCGCCGGACGAGACUGCUGUUUGCAACCUAGCGUCCCUUGCACUCCCAUCUUUCAUCUCCAAGGGUACAUACAACUUCCAGAAGCUACACGACGUCGCCAAAGUCGUCGCGUUUAACCUCAACCGUAUCAUCGACAUCAACUACUAUCCCGUACCCGAGGCACGUAAGUCGAACAUGCGCCACCGCCCCAUCGGCAUUGGUGUGCAAGGCCUCGCCGACGCGUUCAUGGCUCUCGGCAUCCCCUUCGAUUCGCCCGCUGCCAGAGAGUUGAACCAGCAAAUCUUUGAGACCAUCUAUCAUGCCGGUCUCGAGGCUAGCUGCGAAAUGGCGGAGAAGGAAGGCGCUUACGAGACGUACGAAGGCAGUCCUGCCUCUCAAGGGAAACUACAAUACGACCUCUGGGGCGUCACCCCCACGGAUCUCUGGGACUGGGCUUCGUUGAAGGCGAAGAUUGCCAAGCACGGGUUGCGGAACUCGCUCAUUGCUGCUCCUAUGCCUACGGCUUCUACUAGUCAAAUACUUGGCUUCAAUGAGUGCUUCGAGCCUUACACGAGCAAUAUUUAUACACGUCGUGUCCUUGCUGGUGAAUUCCAAGUGGUCUGCCCCUGGCUCCUCAGAGAGCUGGUCGACCUUGGCCUCUGGAACGACCAGAUGAAGAACAUGAUCAUUGCGCACAACGGUUCGGUCCAGAACAUCCCACAAAUUCCCGAUCGCGUCAAGGCUAUCUACAAGACCGUCUGGGAGAUCAGCCAGAAGAAGGUACUGGACCUCGCUGCCGACCGAGGAGCGUUCAUCUGUCAAAGCCAGAGUCUCAACAUCCAUCUCCAAGCGCCUACUCUAGGCCAACUAACUAGCAUGCACUUCUACGGCUGGAAGAAGGGUCUGAAGACGGGGAUGUACUACCUCCGAACGCGCCCUGCUGCCCAAGCUAUCCAGUUCACGGUAGAUCAGUCUGUGCUCCAAGAUGCAAAGAAGCAACAGGCGGCUGGACGCUCAACUACCCUAUCUACGACCGCCAAUGGAACUGGUCUCCGAACCCCUGUGACGCCGUCUUCGACUUCGCCCGUUCGUGCCGCCUCGUAUGUAUCGACGACCGUCGCUUCGUCUUCCAGCACGUCGGCGGCGGUGGCGACUACUACUACGAUCACGGAAAGCGUGGCGGAGCUGAAUCUGGACGAGAAGACGCGGAAGGCUGCUGAAGCGGAUCCCGAGUUCGCCGCCGCUCUCCAGCGACAGAAGGAACGAGAGCUGGAGGAGGCCAAGCUACUUUGCUCGAUAGAGAACAAGGAAGCAUGCCUCAUGUGCUCUGGCUGA